CAACCCGUGUUGUUUAUCUAAGAGCAGUUUUAUCUGUUGUAUGACUAAAUUCCUAACUUUCGCCGUGCUAUCGGCGAAGAUUUAUCCGAGAAUAGUCAGUCGUUUGUUAAUGAUCGAGACGAGCAGAAGUGGACAACGAGCUAUCCGAAGGUGUGAUAUUAAUUUUUGACGCAAUAGAAUGGCAGCGUACGUAUGUGUCGAGGACUACGAGAAGCAUGCUCUGGAACGUUUGCCUGCUUCCGUGAGGGAUUACUAUAAGAGUGGCGCAGGAGAAGAAUAUAGCGUUAAAUGGAAUAGGGAAGCUUUCAAGAAAAAAUUUGCUUUAAGCAAUUCUAUUGACUCUGCUCAAGCAGCGGGAACGAUCUUUAUUCUUUCGACGAUAUCCACGAGUAGUAUAGAGGAAGUGGCGGAAGCUGCGCCGAAGGGUAUAAAGUGGUUCCAGCUCUAUAUUUAUAAUGACAGAAAUGUUACCUUAAAUUUGAUAAGACGUGCCGAACGUGCUGGUUUCAAAGCGCUGGUUCUCACCAUCGACGCGCCGUUUUUUGGUGACAGACGCGCCGAUUUGAGAAAUAAAUUCUCAUUGCCUAGCCACUUGCGAUUUGCAAAUUUCCAAGGUGAUUUAUCGCAGCGAAUAAAUUCCGCAAAAACUGGCUCUGGCCUUAAUGAAUAUGUUUCUGCACUGUUCGAUGCAUCCCUCUCUUGGGAUGAUGUAAAGUGGCUUAAAAGAACUACAACGCUCCCGGUAAUUCUUAAAGGAGUACUAACGGUAGAGGAUGCACGUCUAGCUGUAGAAAAUGAGAUCGACGGUAUCAUAGUAUCAAAUCACGGUGCGCGUCAGAUAGAUAGUGUUCCAGCAACGAUUGAAGUUUUACCUGAAAUAAGUAAAGCUGUAGGAGAUAAAGUCGAAAUUUAUAUGGACGGUGGAGUGACGCAAGGUAUCGAUGUAUUCAAAGCCUUGGCGUUGGGUGCAAAAAUGGUAUUCUUUGGCAGACCGAUGUUAUGGGGCUUGGUAUAUGAUGGUGAGAAAGGUGCUAGCGAGAUUCUUGAACUCAUGAGAAAAGAAAUUGAUCUAGCAUUCGCAUUAACUGGUUGUGCAUCUGUGAAAGACGUUACACCGAACAUGGUGAUUCAUGCAUCUUACUACAGUCGUCUAUAAAAACAAAUCAAUCGUAUCAGACAUAGUCGCAGAUAUGAACAGAUGUUCAUGAAAUGUCUGAAGAGUAUCAAUAUAAAAUCUCUCGUUUUAUUUGAAGAUUUUGUGUGAACUUAAAAAUGUAUUAUAUAUCAAGUUUGUCUAUAGAAAAUCUCCUGUUUAGUCACUAAUUAAUCACGCAAAUCCCGAUUUUUUCACUGCAGCCGUUUCGGAAAAAAAGGAUAUCAAACCUUUGAUACAGUGUAGACCAUUGGGAUAUAGAUGAACGUUUAAACGGCUCCGUCAUGCUUAUAUUGUUGAUAUUAAUGACAUUUAUAUGCAUGUGAUAUUGAUAUAUUCAUGUAUUGUUUGCUCUUUCACUCGGGUUGACGGACAUGAGCCGGUGACGUGCCGAAACGUUAUCGGUCAACGUCAGAUUUUUGCGACAACAGUCGUCGACUUCGUCGGUUUUGAGAAAUCGGCCGUAGGAUCUGAUGUCUCGCGACGGACACGAAUAAAGUCAUAUUUAGCUCACGAA